GGAGCGGGGCUCGGCUCGGCGGGGCUCGGCAUGGGGGGCCCGCGGCGCCUGCUGCUGAUCUCCAACUCCACCCUGCACGGAGGGGGGUACCUGGGCCACUGCCAGCAGCACAUCCAGAGCUUCCUCGGGCAGAAGGUGAAGCGGGUGCUGUUCAUCCCCUACGCCCUGCACGACCGCGACGCCUACGCCCGCACGGCCAGGGAGAAGUUUGAAAGCCUGGGUUAUGGGCUGGACAGCAUUCAUGAAUCUGGUGAUCCAGUGGAAGCUGUAAGGAAAUCUGAAGCAAUAUUUAUUGGAGGUGGGAACACAUUCCGUCUCCUGAAAGCUCUUUAUGACAACAGUCUGAUACAUGAGAUCAGGAAGAGAGUGCUUGAGGAUGGGAUUCCUUACAUGGGAUCCAGCGCAGGAACCAACGUUGCUACUGUCAGCAUCAAUACCACCAAUGACAUGCCAAUUGUUUAUCCACCCUCCCUGCAGGCUCUAGGAUUAGUUCCUUUUAAUAUUAACCCCCACUACCUGGACCCAGACAUUAAAACAACUCACAUGGGUGAGACAAGAGAAGAAAGAAUCCGCCAGUAUCAUGAAGAACCAAACACCCCUCCAGUUCUGGGCUUGCGGGAAGGGACGAUGCUGUUAGUGGAAGGAGAUAAAGCCACGCUGCAAGGAGUGACAGGAGCGCGUCUGUUUUUGAGGGGUAAGAAACCAACUGAACAUGAGCCUGGAACAGAUUUCAGUUUCCUCCUGACUGACAGCAAUCCCCUGAAUCCAUAGCCUUCCAUAUUCUGCAGCAAAAGUUAUAUGUGGGGAAGACAAUGAGGAAAAAGGAAAGAGAUGGCUGUCAUCUCAGGGUGGGUGGGGAACUUCAGCUUCAUAAAUAAAGAAAUAUGCAUUAGUGGGCUCUUGUCCUCACCCCGAUGCAUGUCUCGAACACUUCCUUCCCAGAAAAGACACUUUUUAUUGCAGUACUUGGAUAAUAAUAAGUGUUCAAAGCUUGAAGAGGCCUGUACAUUCACAUGUCCACUGAUUGCUUCCCCACAAAAAAAAAAGAUACCUUAACACAAUUAAGAUGGGACACUGAGUCGGCUGUUCCCACUGCCUACUUUUACUUGCUACAUAAAAGAAUUGUUCAUUCAGUGUACUCCCACACUUAGUUUAAUUUUUGUGCUAUUAAUAAAGGGAGAAGUUAUGCAUUCAA